AUGUCACGCUACCGCCAUCUUUAUACUAUUUGGGAAGAGCCAGAACCCGUUGAAGAGCGUGUUUGGAAGGACUACGAGGAUCGCUGGAAGAGACUCCGACACAGUCUUAACGUCGGGCUUGACCUCAUGAUGGAGAAGUACGACAUCAGCUUGGAAAGGCACUGCGCCCUACUAUAUAUCAUUCAAGUAUUAAUGAAACGCUUCAUGGAACUUAGCAGCAACUUUUCGGAUAAUAAGACACACACGUUCGAGCAGAUUCAAGAUGAAUACGAGGAAGCAAUUGAUCUCCACGAUGAAAUAAUCAUCGAAUACGAGAAAGCCCAGAACUACCGUCCUGGAAUGAAGCUGAAACGGUUCGAGUACAGUGGCCACCAGGACUAA